AUGGCGAUUAAGGGUGUCGGUGAGACUAAGCUAGAGACGGUCUCGCAGGGAGAUGUAGAGGUCGAGGUAGUAGAUGUAGCUGUAGAUAUCGAAGUAGUAGACGUGGCUGUAGAGGUUGAGGACGAAGCAAAGCCAAAGGUGCAUUUCCCCACUGCCGGUGGGACAGGGGGCUGUUUGAUACAUUUCUCGCCUAACCUAGAGCAAAUGAAGGGUGCCCUACAUACCACUAGCACGCUAGACUAUAUCUUCAUCAUUAAUGGCACCAUCGAGCUUAGGAUGGCGAGCAGGGAGAUAAGGAUCCUAAAUAAGGGGGAUAGUACGCGGAAUACGUUAAGGACGGAACCCGCUAUGAUGGCUGCGGUUAGUGUGGGGAUUGAGGGGGCGGUGGAGGAUGAGAUGAGGAUUGUGGGGGUUAUGGGAGAGGGGGAGGGGAAGGAGAAGGGGGAGUAA